GGCAGAGAAGUGCUGCUCCGUGAUCAAGAACAUGCGGAUGUCAUUUAUUGCAUAAAUAUUCUGGGAUUUACCGGAAUGACCUAGAAAGAGAUACAGGGCAAAACAGGAGGCUAGGUUAAGUCAAGAUGAGUUUGACAACCUGGUUCCUCAUCAGUGGCGGGGGAACAAGGCACCGCCUUCCCCGGGAAAUGAUCUUCGUGGGACGGGACGACUGUGAGCUUAUGCUGCAGUCUCGCAGUGUAGACAAACAGCAUGCUGUCAUCAAUUAUGAAGUAGCUACAGAUGAGCAUAAAGUCAAAGACCUGGGCAGUCUCAAUGGGACAUUUGUGAAUGAUGUUCGUAUACAGGAACAGCAGUAUAUUACUUUGAAAAUGGGUGACAAGCUAAGGUUUGGAUAUGAUACCAAUUUAUUUACAGUCAUACGUGGAGAGUUACAUGUUCCAGAAGAGGCUCUGAAGCAUGAAAAGUUCACCAGUCAGCUUCAGCUAACCAUGAAGCCUUCCCCAUCAGGGGAAUCCACCAAAAGUCUAGAAGUCAAAGGGGCAGAGGGAGGAAAAGAUGCUGGAGCCAAGCCACUAGAACUACCACCAAAGACAGAAGAGAAGGUUGCAGGAGACAUAGCUGUGCUCCACAGAGGAACCCCUCUGUAUGGGCAGCCAUCUUGGUGGGGUGAAGGGGACGCAGAUGAUGAAAAUUCUGUGAAGCAUAACACAAAGGCUUCUGACGAAAAACAAGUCAGGUGUGAAGCAGGCCUCAAGGACACUACAAAGGAGCAGGUGGAGCCAGGAACCACACCACAAACUGUGGGGACCCAGGAGCCAAGCUACUUUGAGAUACCCUGUAAGGAGAUUCUUCCAGUAGGGGGAAACACAGGAGAAAGCCUACCAACUAGCACAGAGGGAGUCACAUCAGCUUUCACAAUCCCUGCAUCAGAGGGCGGAGCACAGGGACACGCCUCCUUCACUAUUGAGUUUGACACAGUGGCUUCAGGAAAGGGCAAAGAGCGGGCCUCAAAGGGUGCCCAAGACCAUCGUCAGAGGCCAAAGAGAGGGGCAGGGGAGGAGCUGAGUGCCUUGCAGGCUGCCAUGGUGGUGGCGGAGGUUAAAGUGGCGGACUGGCUGGCACAGAAUGAGCUGCCCCUGGCUUGCUCUGAAUCUGUAGUUGAGGAUGAUGGGGACAGCGUGAAAAGUGAUGUACCAGUUCAGCUGAGGAGCCUUAGAGGCAGUAAGCAUGAGGACGGUACACAGAGUGACUCAGAGAAUGCACUGGGAGAUCAGCUCAGUAGCCGAAGGGCAUUCAUGCAGGAGCGUUACAGAGGAAGGCAGGGUGUGCUGAGGACAGAAGGGCCUUUCUGUGGGAGGGAUGAUCUCUUCCAGGACAAACCAUCAUCUGUAGCUAAAAAGAUGGCACCAGUAGGGGGUGAAGUUGGCAUAAAAGAGAACCGUUCUUCCCCACAGAAAGCCAAAGUGCACAGAGAGCAAAGCACUGGGUCUCAAGAGACUUCUAAAAGGGGACAUAUAGAUGACCAAAGUGACAGAGGGACCUAUACAAUUGAAUUGGAAAAUGAAAAUGCAGAAGAGGAAGAGGCCAGGCGUAUGAUUGAUAAGGUAUUUGGGGUGGAGGAAAAUCAAGCCCUGACAAAACUGCGUUUCCCUCAUUACCAGACAGAUAUAGGAACCAUCUGUCCAAGAUCUGGAGCCAUGGAAACCAGACAAGCUGGUUAUGUUGGUGCAGAGGUGUUGCCAGAUGACUUGGUUGUAGUAGGUGGUCCAAGGUGGGUCUCACAGUGGGCUAGUCUAGCUGCAAGUCAUAUACGGACUGAUCCCGAGGGAUCUGGGGCUGAACCCACCAUGCUUUCCACAGAUGAAAAAGCUGAUAUCAAUGCACCAGGGCACUCAGAUCGAAAGAGAAGGACUCUCCCACAGCCCCCUUCUGAAGAUUCUGCUAUGGACCCAGUUGCCCCUGAGGGCCCAAGGUGCCAAUCAAGGAGAACAGCAUCUUCCUCUGAGAAGCAAGACCUAGAACUUAAGGAGAAAGUAGAUCAACUCAAUAGAAUCGCCAAAACGGGACCAAGAUUGGCCGGAAUAACCUCAGCUAGCGCAGACUUUGAUCAGUCCAAAGCAAGCAAACAAGCUUUGACCAAAACUCGCGAGGUGGGGCGUAAAGUUGGUAAACAAGGAGCUCAAACUAAACCGAUUGGCGGUGGUGAGAAGAAACGAGGUGAUGGGAGACUAAAGAAAGGUGAAGAGGAGAGGGAGAAGACAGGGAAGCCUCUAUUGCGGCAAGAGAGCUUUACAGUAGAAAGACCAAGUGCUAAUGUUCCCUUAGAGCUCAUACCUUGCAUUGAUGGGCCUGGUGCAUCAACUCCACUCAGGGAAAUGGAUGUUAUCAGUGAGGGAAUUGAUACUGCCACCAUGCUGAAAGACUCAGAAGAUGUUGCUGCUUUUUUGGAAACCACUCUAUCAGACCUUGCAGAUCCACCUAGCUACUCCCUUGAGGGCUCUGUCUCACCUGAAUCUGACAUUGAUACGACAAGCACUGUCAGCCAGGCUGGGGGAGGAGGAGGACGUAAGAUGGCCCAUAGGAAACGUUCUUCUGGAGAUCCAGGCCGUGAAACAACAAAUAAGAACACCAGCACAACAGAAAGGAAAGGAAAAGGUCAGCCCUCGGGUUCAGCAAGCUCCAGAGCUUGGACCUCUCUCGAUCUGACAGAUGAUGACUUGAGCUCCUCGCUCGUCCAGGACACUACUUCUGCAACACGACCUCAAGGCCGGGGUCAAAAUAUUACCUCUACAGCACAGCCAACAAGUGGCAAAUCCAGAGGAACAAAGACAACUGUAGCACCUGCAUUGGCCACUUCUAAACCAUCCACCCUUCCCCGACCAAGACCAACACGGACUUCCAUCCUCCGAAGAGCACGACUGGGAGACACAUCUGACACUGACCUCGCUGAUGCUGAUCGUAUGUCCGUGGCUUCAGAGGCUUCUACUGCCAGUUCUGCAUCAAGACCUUCAGCUGGGCACAGGACCCUUUCUCGGAUUGAAGCACUUGCCCAACCACGAAGCCAGAGAGUGUGCUCUCCUUCAGCUCGGAGUGACUCAGAGGCUACACCAGGCAGGAUCAGGGGCUUUGUCCCACGCCCUGCGCCUGAUAGCGCACUGCGGCUGGGUCUCCGGUCUACAGCAGUUUCUUCCUCUAUGAUGGCCCCCAGAGCCAGAGCAAACAGUGCUUCCAAACUGCCUGAUAAGUGUCCUGGUGCUCCCUAUGUUCAAAGUAUGCCAGCAGCUGGUGGAAGGUGGCGCCGUGUACCAAUUGAAUAUGCUUCUACCUCUGAGGAUGAGUAUGGCUCUAACCGGCACUCCACUCAACACACUCAUCCACGGCCAAUGGCUCCACGUGUGACCCAGCUAGGGGGUUCAGCCCCUGCAACACCCAGCCCUGGAGGUAUUUCUAUGCUGCGACACCAGUCCAGCAGAGAACAAGACGAUUACAUGAGAGACUGGACAGCCCAUAGUGAGGAGAUCGCCAGAAUCAGUCAAGACCUGGCUAAGGAUCUGGCCAUGCUGGCACGUGAAAUCCAUGAUGUCGCUGGCGAGAUUGAAUCUGUUAGUCCUUCUUCUGCACCAUCAGCUUCAGUUGACGACCAUCUGUUUGAGGAUGUUCUGGGUAGUGCUCCAGAGAUCUGUGGCAGAAGUGUAGAUUCAAGACCUCGCGGCGGUAUCAGCAGUCAAGAUCCUCGCGCCAUACGCCGUCGGACCUGGAGCAGAGAUGAGGGUGUGCUGGACAGUUUGCUGCUGGCAUCAGUAUCACAGCUGUCAGCUAAAAUCAAACAGGCCAUGGAAAAGACAGCCAACAAAAUCAGGAUUUUAUUCAAAGAUAAGGACCAAAAGUGGGAGGAGAUUGAACGAAAACUACAGGCAGAGAUUGAGGUGCCUCUCCUUAAGACCUCUAAUCAGGAGAUCUCAUCCAUACUCCAAAACCUGAAAAGAGUGGAACGACACUUGCUGGUGAUUGAUAUCAUGGUGGACCCUGAUGGCACAUUGGAUGCUCUGUGCAGUUUGAGUUGGACCAGUCCUCUUAUGGCUGGGAACAGAAUUAGUCCUGGAUCACAAGGUCCAGCUGGCAACCAGGCUGCGGAAGGAUCAGCCAGUACCACUGCACUGCCCUCUGCCUAUUCAGAGGUUGCAGAAAGAGAUGUUGGCCUGCAGGAGAGGUGCAAAGAGCAGAUUACUGCCAAUCAAAACUGAAUCACAGCGAAUGGUUUACACAGAUAUCCUACAGUGGUUUAAAAGGCCAGGUCAACAUGGACUUUUAUGUGAAUAAUGUGAGGUAUGCUGAAAAUAUUCUGAUAUGGCAAUGCAUUUAAAUGUUUACUUCAUACAUUCUAGAUAUCAAUGGACUUAUUUUCAAUAAUUAAAGACAAUAUUUUGAAAUAUCCAUCAGCUGUUAUACCAUGUCGUCAGAAUGAUUGUACACAAGCAUUAAUUAUUCUGAAGAUCCCAGAUCUAGAGCUGCCCAGGACCGUUGAACAUGAAGCCAGAUGUGAAAGAGAUAAAUGAUAGUUUAUUGAAGAGAUCAUACUUUCAAGUGUUGAGCCAAAGUCCUGGUCACAAGAUUUUCUUUGCAUGUAGGACCCAAAAUUUAGAGUUGUCAAGAACCAAAUGUGAGAAAAAACAUGGUUUCGGCAUGAAAUUAUUUACUCAUUGGCCGGUAAUUAUAUUAGGACCUGCAACAUAAUAUACCAAACGGUUCUGAUUAAACCAUCUACUAUAGAAAACAUCUGUUCCCACUCUUCUAACAACUUUUACCUCAGUCAAAAUUUGCCAUUUAUCUAAGUUUUUUUUUUCUCAAGAAUUCCUGGUGGUGACACAUAUGUGGAAUAUUUUUUGUAUUAAAGGUGCUGUAAGUGAUUUUAGCCAUUCUAGAACUUCCACCAGACCAGCCUUUGAUUUAGCCACGCCCCCUCUUUCCAAAACCAUGCACUCCAAAGACAUGCGCGCGCACACAGACACCGUUGUGUUGGAGCAGAUGGAGGGCUUUGGGGCCCCCUGAGCAUUUUGCCGUCUCACCCUGAGUGUUUUGCGGGAGCAGGACACCAUACUGGUACUUAUACGAGCAUUUUUAGGCUGCCCUGUGAAUGUGCACAAUGAUUGACAGGCAGAAAUUCUUCUGAUUGGCUAAACAAAUGAUGUACCCCGCUGUUUACCGAGCCUAGGGCUGUCACAGAGACAGGUGUAAAAUUUUAUGGCACCAAUUUUAGUGAUUUCUGACAUAUAAUAGGGACGUCUGCUGCAUGUCAUUCCAUAAAAAUAAAAAUAAAUAAAAAAACACUUUUAGCCAGCAAAACAGAAAUAUGAACAAAAUCGAUAGUCUGUCACAUAUUUGUGACAGAUGCUGAUUCACUGAGAGACAGAGACUUGCUCUUCUCUUAUAUGAUGCUGCCAAUGAAUCAGUGACAAAUUUGCUAUUAAAAAGAGCCAAAUAAUCCCACUGUCAUUGAGACAAAAAUAUAUUUUAACUACAAUUAUGCAAAAUACAGUUUCAUGGCAGGAAAUGAAAAAAAAUGUUUGACUGGUAAAUAAGAAAUAUUUAUGGCUGGUAAAUAUUCUCAAUUUCCGAUUUGUGGCAAGUGUGGCAAAAUAAAGUUAAUUUUGGAGCAUUUACACAUCAAUUGAACCAAAAUUCAACAUAUAGUAUAUUUUAGGGCCAUUUUAGGGUUUCCAUAAAGCCAUUCUCUGCCAAAUGUUUAAUACAUUGACCAUAUAACCAAGUCUUUUGACAUUGGGGUUGUCUAAAAACAGAAAAGGAUUAUCUAAAAAAAAUUGCAUUUGAUUUGCAGCAGUGAAUUUGUGAUUCAUGAGAAUGCUGAUAAUUCAGGACAAGGCUAAACUGAAUAACACCGGCCUUCAUGUAUUACAUUUUAAACAUGGUUUUCCAAUGGCAGUCUUACCUGGAAACAGCCCAGUCUAAUCUGUAAAGUGUAAAAAUCCACUAUUGUGAUGAAUUGGACCAAUCUUACAAUUUGAACCCUUGCAUACAUUUUGUAGAUUUAAUUAUUAAAAUUCCUUUUUUUUUUUUUUAUCAUAAAACAUAACCUUUGCAUUACCUAAGAUUAUAAUGUUGCUGCUUACCUGUUGUUCCAAUACAGUUGCAAUGCCCCAACAAUACCCUUCCAUGUAAUGUUUCUGUAUGAUUAUAAUCACUUAUACAAAUGGUCUGUGCCAUGUGAUAGACAAUAAGAGGGCCUGGAUUUACCCAGAUGUUUCAUUAAUCAAGCUUGUUAUGUCACAAAGUGCCCAUUAUCAAGAUCAUUAUGAGAUGAUGUAGACAUUAAACUUUACUUGUGUAACCUCUGUUCCCUGUUGGAGGGAACGAGACAUUGUGUCGAUGUAGUGACACUAGGGGUCACUCUUGGGAGCCCGAAACACCUCUGG